AUGGCCGCAGCCACCUCUAACCCCUACCUCCCCGGCAACGGCAUCCUGGCGGCCGGCUCCAUCGUCCACGCGGACUCGGGCGGCGGCGGCGGCGGCGGCGGCGGCGGCAUGCAGCCGGGCAGCGUGGCCGUCACCUCGGUGGCGGGCGGCUACCGCGGCGACCCGGCGGCCAAGAUGGUCCAGAGCGACUUCAUGCCGGGCGCCAUGGCCGCCAGCAACGGCGGCCAUAUGCUGAGCCAUGCCCACCAGUGGGUGACAGCCCUGCCCCACGCCGCCGCCGCCGCCGCCGCCGCCGCCGCCGCCGCCGCCGAAGCGGGCUCGCCCUGGUCCGGCAGCCCCGUGGGCAUGACGGGCAGCCCCCAGCAGCCGCCGCCGCCGCCCGACGUCAAGGGCAGCGGCGGGCGCGACGACCUGCACUCGGGCGCGGCGCUGCACCACCGGCCGCCCCACCUGGGCCCCCCGCACCAGGGGCACCCGGCGGCCUGGGGGGCGGCGGCGGCCGCCCACCUGCCCUCCAUGGCCGGCGGGCAGCACAGCAGCAGUCCGCUCCUCUACUCGCAGCCCGGGGGCUUCACGGUGAACGGCAUGCUGAGCCCCCCCCCCGGCGGGCAGAGCCUGGUGCACCCGGGGCUGGUGCGCGGCGAGACGCCGGAGCUGGGCGAGCACCCCGGGCACCACCACCACCACCACCACCAGCACCCCGGGCACCACCCGCCGCACCACGGCGGCGUCAACAGCCACGACCCGCACUCGGACGAGGACACGCCGACCUCCGACGACCUGGAGCAGUUCGCCAAGCAGUUCAAGCAGCGGCGGAUUAAGCUGGGCUUCACCCAGGCCGACGUGGGGCUGGCGCUGGGCACCCUCUACGGCAACGUCUUCUCGCAGACCACCAUCUGCCGUUUCGAGGCCCUGCAGCUCAGCUUCAAGAACAUGUGCAAGCUGAAGCCUUUGUUGAACAAGUGGCUGGAGGAAGCCGACUCCUCCACGGGCAGCCCCACCAGCAUCGACAAGAUCGCCGCCCAGGGCAGGAAGAGGAAGAAGCGGACCUCCAUCGAGGUGAGUGUCAAGGGGGCCUUGGAGAGCCACUUUCUGAAAUGCCCCAAGCCCUCCGCCCAGGAGAUUACGAACCUAGCGGAGCUGCAGCUGGAGAAGGAGGUGGUCAGGGUUUGGUUUUGCAAUCGGAGGCAGAAAGAGAAACGGAUGACCCCCCCGGGGAUCCAGCAGCACCCCGACGAUGUCUACUCCCAGGUCGGCACCGUCAACUCCGACACGCCACCCCCUCACCACGGACUGCAGACCAGCGUGCAGUGAGGGGCACGCGGCCGGGCCGGGGGGCGCGGGGGGCAGCGCGGGCCGGGCCGGGCCGGGCACCGCCGCCUGCACCGCCACCGCCGCCGGCACCGCCACCGCCGCCGGCACCGGCACCGCCGCGCACAGCCGCACGCUCACACCGACACACUCACACGCACGCACGCACACACACACACAUACACACACGCGCGCGCACACACACACGAUCCAGGCUCGUUCAGACUGCUUGUGUUUAUAUAUAUAUGGAUAUAUGCGUGCAUCUAUAUAUAUAUAAGAUCGAUACCAAUAGGGAGCGGUGGAGAAGGUCGAUCCGAGCGAGUGCGUUCAGACCGUGUUGGGAAAACGGGGUGGAGAUGCGUAAUGCACCAAACUGCAGAUGUG